AACAAGACGGCCUUGGUAUUUUGCGAUGAAAUUUCAGAGAGAAGUGAUUCCCUCUGCGCUACAAGAUUGACCUAUCUUCCAAAUAUUCUAUUGCGGACACACUGCAGCAGAGUUGCUUUAAAUUUAUGCAAGAAAAUCAUAAGGAUUCCUACCUUGCAUACACACACUCUCACUAAAAUGACUGGAAGUACAUCAAUGGUAUACACUCAGCAAUGUGGUAUAACGCUUCUUUUGGCUUUGAUUCUUAAGAAUCUUGGUUUCAGAGCCAUCCCUAUUAUUAGUUAUAUGAGUCAGGCAAAGAAACUUGGAUCCUUGAAUGCAUUGAAGUCUGGGGAGUGCAAUAUUCUCCUUUGUAGUGACUUCGUUAGUAAGGGACUAGAUAUUCCAGCAGUAGAUAUGGUGAUUAACUACAACAUCCCUUUGUCUCCAAACGAUUAUAUCUACCGCGUGGGAUGGACUGUUGCUCAUGUUAAUGUUGCCAUUUCCUUUGUGAGCCCAGAUGAAAGGAGACAUUUCAAUAUAAUAGAGAAACAUAUAGGCAAGAAACUACCAUUGUAUCCUGCACCAUUUGAGGAAGUUUUGCUUUUGGAAGGGCGUGCUAUUGAGGCUGAAAGAUUAGCACAAGAGGAAAUGAAAGAAUUCGGUUGGAUGAGCGGAGGAUACUUAGAAGGGGAGGAGGUACCAUUCAGGAGCGGAGCUAGGUUGUCUUGAGAGCCCUGACGUAUGCGCGCAGAAUUUAAUCUUUUUUGUUUUAAAAAAAACUCAUUUAGAGUAAUUUGAUUUGUAAAAUUGACGGUGGACUAAAUGAUCUUGAUAUUCAUUUUGUUGGACAGUCUGGGAUUGACAUCUCCGACUCCAACACAUUUAAAAGUAUUUAAUUUUUUUAAUUUUUUUUUUUAUGAUAGAGCACAUAAUUUUUUAGCUAGAUUAUACAAGAGACCAAGUAUAGGUCUUGAUUACUAAGCAAUGACACUGCCAUUUAGGUAUUGUCCA